CAUGUGUAACAAACUAAAAUUCGUUGUGUAUAAUUAUAAUUCCCCUUGGUUCACCUUUUCGGUUUAUCCUUUGGAGAGCCCCUUGUUUUAAUACUUUGACCCUUGGUUACCGUGGUAACAUAUCAAUCCUGUGGGGAGCCCCUCGUUGAUACCUUAAAUAGUUGGUAAAAGUAUGCACGGGCAGUACCCGGGAACAUCAGCCGAUAGACGUGGUCGUCAUCCCGUCUAGUGCUCAGGGGCCUGUUUUAGAAAAACAUCAGGGUCUUUUCUGCCUUGUUUUGCUGUAAAUUUCCCCGUCCCUACAGAACGUCAAUACCUGUCAGGGAAGGAGGGUUCUUGGGUGCUGAAAUAUUUCCGGCUCCUGUAUUUAUGAGUAGCCGUUUCCAUUUUCAUGGGAUAAUUUAUAGAGACCGCUGUUCUACAGUGAGUGAGUGAACUACGGCGGCCCUUUCGACACAUCUCUAAAACUACUUAUGAAUUUAUACCUGAGGGUGAUCCUCGCAGUUUUACCAAUUUAUAAUCGUCAAUGCAGAUACGUGCUUUAACUUAACAUUGUGAAAGUUUGAUAUUUAUAUAAUUUGUGUCAUUUGAAAACUUAUAUUCUGUUUAUUGAGUUUAUUGAAAGAAACCUCCAAUCAGCGUGGACGAGGCCAUGGGUUAUUUACAUUUCCAAGGAAAACUUUCGUCUAAUGAAGCCUCGAUAGACCCGUGCAGCAUGUGAACUUUCUACAUGUACUUCAACUUAGUUCUGGUGGUUUCCGAUAUACCUAAACCUGACUGUAACCACGUGUUCACCUGAGGGUUCUUAAACACCACGUGCACCGGAACCGGGCUGACUAUAUAGACUUUUCCUUCAUUUCAUUAUUUAAUUUGUAUAUUUUUGUUUGUUUGGUUUUUUCUCGUUGAGUUUUCUGUUUAAUUUUAUUUUAUUUUGUUAUUAAAUAUUUUGUUAAAAAGUUCAUACUUGUUCUGUUGAUUUAUGUAAGUUCAUCAGGAUGCAUAAUCACACAUCCUCACAAAUGGUGGCAGCGGUGGGAUGCAUCUGAGCUUGCAUAAAUCAAAAGAUUUUCUUGUGUUUGCAUGUUAGAAAUUUUGACUUUGAUAUUUCUUAUUUUUGUAUGUUUCAGCGCAUAAACUUUCACAAUGUCACAUAUGCCGAAAUGGAUGACCGAGCUUAUCGCGAAAGGGUCAAGCGUCAAGGACUGUUUAGAGGUGUGGCGUCAGGAGCAGGAGGCAAUGAGAGCUGAGAGAGAGUCUGCUAGGGCUGAAAGAGAGGCAGUGAGGGCAGAGAAAGAAGCUGAGCGAGAACUUGAGAAAGUAAGGUUAGCUCAUGAAAGAGAGGAGCGUCAAGCUAAGAGAGACAGAGAUAAGUGGGAGGCUGAGAAAGAGAUUAAGUUGAAAGAGUUAGCUCUUAAAGAAAGAGAGUUAGAAACUGGUCACUCCCCUCAGAGUGUUCAAACUCCUAGUGUAAAGUUGCCCAAAUUUGAAGAAGGUCAAGACCCUGAUGUUUUUCUAAAAUCAUUUGAGAAAAUAGCGGGCUUACAAAAGUGGGAUAAAUCUCAAUGGGCGGUUCGUUUAGUCCCCAUGCUAUCGGGUAAAGCUCUUGAGGCCUAUUCUAGAUUGUCAGAUGAGGAGAGUGAUAAUUACGAUGCUAUCAAAACUGCUAUUCUGAAAAGGUAUGAAUUGACUUCAGAGGCUUAUCGGGAUAAGUUUAGGAAGUGUAGACAGUUCAGUGAUGAGUCAUUUAAAGAUUUUGUUGUUCGUGCAGAAAGGUUCUUUCACCAUUGGUGUGAUAGGGAGGAUAUUGGGUCAGACUUUGAAUUGUUGUUUGAUUUGAUUUUGAGAGAACAGGUGAUAGGAAGUUGUUCAAAUGAUUUGCAAUUGUGGGUUCGUGAGCAUACUCCAAAGUCUAUCAAAGAUGUUAUAACUUUGUCGGAGUCAUUUCAGGUUGCACAUAAAGGCAGUAAUGCAGGUGGUGGACGAGGUAACGCAGGGGAAAAGCCGGGUCCCAGACCCAAUAAGUUUGGUUCAGGUCAGUUCCAAAGGGGUAAGCAUGUCUCGCCAUCAGAGCAAAGUAAAACAUGUUACAAGUGUACCCGGGUAGGACAUAUUGCGCCAAAUUGUCCUUUGCGUAGUACAUAUCAGUCGAAACCUCCUUUUAAUCAAAACCACCCAGGGAAUCAAAAGUCGAAAGAGCGGUUUGGUUUGUGUCUUGAUGAAAAUAUGAUAGUUUCUGAUCAGGGUGAUGGUGUUAAUGAGAAUAAGAUGGUUGUUAAGUUGUCUGGCGUAUCAGCUACUGAUGAGUCUAGUCUUGAAACAUGUUGUGAAUCGGGUCUAGAUUUGGUAAGUGGGGAAGUUGGUGAAAAAGUUGUCUCAGUUUUGAGGGACACUGGAUGUUUGUUAAUAGUAAGUUGGUUUCAGAUGAUGAAAAAACGGGGAGAACAAAAGUAA